AUGGAUGCCGGCGCACUAGACCCCGUGCUCCGCAGUGUCGAUGCUGCGCGGGCGCAGGUUGGGUCGGCAACGGCAGCGAGCACGGCGAAUGUCGGUACCAACAACACUAAUGCUAAUGCUAAUGCUAAUGCCGGCGCGACGCCGGGCUCGGCUGGCAGUAGCUUGAGUUCGAUAACGACUGCAGCAUCAAAAUCCUCAUCCCAAUGGCCGUCCCAGCCUCAAACCCAAUCCCAAGCCCACGCGUACGCACAUCCCCAACAAGGCCCCGAAGCAGCUCCAUCGCAGUCGCAUGUUCGCUCCCCCCAAACAUCCACACCCGCAUCCACUGCUUCCGGCAGCCAGCCAUCCCCUGCCGUCGCGGACGCCCAGGCGAACAGCCACAGCCAAAGCAUCCCCGAAGACUGCUCUUCAACCCCCGGCGCCCAUGCUCCCGAUAAUAACCUCUCCUCCAACGAAGACACCCAGCAUCCCUCCGACCCCCCUAACCCGCACGCCAAUAGCAACAAAAAGCCCCGCGCCUGCGAGUCCUGCCGCAGCCUCAAAGUGCGCUGCGACUCUGACCCGUCUGAUCCGGAGGGGCCGUGUCGCCGGUGUGUGAAGGCUAGAAGGCAGUGUGUGGUGACCCAGCCCACACGUAAGAGGCAGAAGAAGACGGAUAGCAGGGUCGCAGAGCUGGAAAGGAAGAUCGAUGCGUUGGCAGCCAGCUUGCAUGCUUCGAGGGGCGGGCUGGGAGCUGGAUAUGCUGUUCCUGAGGGGGGGAGUGCAGGGUUGUUCGGGUCGGGGGUUGGGAAUGGCGGUCCAGGAGGUGCUGGAGAUGCGCAGGAACAGAGAGGUUUGGGAGGUAGUGUUAGUGGAGUUGGAGGAGGUAGGUAUGUGAAUGGGAGUGAGAUUGGGCGUAGUUCUCCUGCUGCCGUGACAACCAGUACAGCGCCUCCUCCUACAGAGUCGAGGCCUGCUGUGGCGGGACCGACGCAGCAGGGUACAAAGAGGAAAUUUGACGAGCGGAAGGACUGUGAAGAAGGAGGGCUGUUCAUCCGGGGGCCUUGUCCGAGCAUGGCGCCGCCUAGCUCUGCCCCUGACCGGGACGACACCCUCCGGGAGAGGCUUCGGGAACGCGAACUAAACCACCCACAGCAGGACAUCGUGGACCGGGGCAUUAUCACGAUGACACUGGCAACCGAGCUAUUUGCCCGCUACAACCUACGUAUGUGCCAACAUCUGCCAGGCGUAGUCUUCCCUCCAACCAUGACGGCUGCCGAGCUACGCGCGACGAAGCCAACGCUCUUCCUGUCCGUCAUGGCCGCCGCGUCCUCCGAGCUGCCCAACCUGCAGCGUACACUGACCAAGGAGCUUAUGGUCACCCUCGCCGAGAAGAUCAUUGUGCUGGGUAACAAGAGCUUGGAGCUCGUCCAGGCCCUACAGGUCGCCGUCAUCUGGUACUGGCCUCCUGAGCGUUUCGAAGAGCUCAAGUUCUACCAGCUCGUCCAUGUCGCUGCCGUCAUGGCCAUUGAUCUUGGCCUGGGCCGCAGAAAACAGGCCCGUCAUCCGCUCAAGAGUAACCUUGCCAUCAGCUGGCGCGACCAUCCCCUGCGCAAGUCCCCAUUACCAGACCCGACCACCAUCGAGGCCCGUCGAGCCUGGGUAACAUGCUACUUCCUGGCGACUAACACCGCCAUGGCUUUGCACCGACCUAACCUGAUCCGCUGGUCCCCCUUCCUGGCCGAAUGUAUCGACGUGCUGGAGACGUCACCCGAUGCGGCGCCGACCGAUCGCCUGCUGUGCCAGCUAAUCCUGGCACACAAGCUGGCCGAGGAGGUUGGCGUGCAGUUCUCUAUGGACGACUUCACCACCACCCCGAACAUCGCUGAUGCUAGGACGCAAUAUGUGCUACGCGGGUUUGAACGUGAGCUGGAACGGCUGCAGAGUGCCACGCCCAAGGAGCUGCAGCAGCCUUCGCUGCGUAUGUCGUAUCAUGUGUUGAGUCUGUACAUGCAUGAGAUCGUGACGCAUCAUGAUCCGUAUGAUGAUUGCAAAAUGAACGCGACGGGCGAUGUCUUCCUCGGGUCAGAUGCGCCGUUGACGGUAGCGCAUAUCAACGCCCUGUCGGCCUGCUUGACAGCCAUCGACGGCAUUUUUGAUGUUUUCCUGUCCCUCGACGUAGCCACGAUCCGCUGUUUGCCCGUCUUCAACUUCGUCCGGGUCGCAUAUGCUGUCGUCGUCCUCAUCAAGAUGUACUUCGCGGCCUCCUCGCCCAACAGCGAGCUUGGCAAGGUUAUCAACCGCGACAAUAUGAAGGUCGAGCAACAUUUGGAGGCGCUGCACGAAAAGUUCAGGGCCACAGCAGCCGAUGAGCGUAGCCGGCCCGCUGCGAAGUUUCUCGUAGUACUGUCCUUGAUCCGGAGCUGGUUCGAUAAGCACAAGCAGUCCGGCCAUGCGGCGCAACCACCCCCUUCUUCGGCGGGUACCCCUCCGACACCGUAUCCGCAAAAGCAGAGCAACGGAGAGAGGACGGGCUCCAGCACACCUGCUCUGCCGCCGUCGUUGCCACCGCAGCAGCCGACUUAUAGCGCUGCUGCGAGCACGCCUCUCCAGCUGCUCUCUGAGAUCGCGACGAACAAUUCAGCCGCCUCAGCAGCAGCAGCAGCAGCAGCAGCAACAGCCGCAGCUAAUAGCACACGGUCUGCGUCCGACUUGCUGUCGUCGAGCUCAACCUCUGCCCCUGUCGCCCACAACCCUUGGCUGCGCCAGCAUCCAGUCUACGACUCCUCGGCCCCGUCUUCGAGCAAUAACCCCCCGGCAACCUCCUCAAUCGAACCCCUCCCUUCGUCGUCAACCACGCCUCCGUUCAACACAACAACCCUCCCUCAACACCCACAUCCCUCUCAGUCUGGUAUGCCAUCCCACUCAAGGUCUGCCACAGCUCAAGGAGCUACCCAACCUUCCGCAGCUGCAGGUUCCAACUUCGGCACUACCACCGCCAGCUCAGCCCCAACGCCUGGUAACCCCUUCAACACAACAACAACCUGGUCCUCCACAGCCCCCCCAUCAACAGCAACCCAACCGCAAUCCUUCCCCACCCUAAACCCGUUACCUUUCUUCCUCUCAAUCAACUCCGCCGCCGACUUCGACUACGACUAUGCCAAUCUGGGCGACGGCUUCGCCCGGGCAAUGGAUCUCACGCUGAGUGGGUGGGCCGAUACGAGUGGGAUGUUUCCUGGUAUUGGGAGCUUUGGGUUUGGGGCAGGGGCAGGGGGGUAUCAGACAGCAAUGGAUGGGUUGGUUGCCGGGAGCACGGCCGGGUCGGGGGGAAAUGCGGAGCAGGGGGCUAGUGGGGGGUAUGGGUUUUGA